AUGACUGCUGAUCUCUACAACAUCACGUAUGAUUUCAAUAACACACCUUGGUUUGUCUAUGAAUGCACCAUAAAUUUGGACAAGGACUACAAGCGCAUUGCCCUGUUUCUGCUUUACUUGGUGCUGUUCAUGGUGGGGCUUUUGGAGAACAGCCUGGUAGUGUGGGUUAAUUGGAGAAGAAGGCACUCAGCUAAUGGUGUCCUUUUCUGUAUCAUCAACAUUAGCCUGUCUGACUUAAUGGUGGUGUUCACCAUGCCAUUCUUCAUGCUGGAGGUGACCAUGGACAAGGUGUGGCUGUGGGGUCGCUUUCUCUGCAAAGUCACGCACCUCAUCUAUGUCAUCAAUUUCUACAGCAGCUCGUUCUUCUUGGCCUUCAUGACACUGGAGCGCUAUCUGUCGGUGGCGCAACCUUCUGCACCGUCCUGCUUCCCUCUGGAACGUCGUCGCUGGUUCCUGUGUUCUGGCCUGUGGGUCUUCUCCCUGCUGUUGGCUCUAGUGGAGAACGUGCACGUGGAUCUUCUGGAGUGGAGCGAACCAGGCUGUUACAUGGUGCCCGAGCACAGCCAUACCGAGUGGUUUGUCUCAGUCUCCGUCCUCUGCCUGAUCUUCCAGUUCCUUGGGCCGGCAUCAGUGAUCAUCACCUGCAAUGUCCUGAUCGCCCGGGCAAUUGGCUCUUCACCUGAUGUUGAAAAUCGACGAGACAGGUGGCUGGUGCACUUGUACUCCUUUGUGUUUUUAGCUUGCUGGUUUCCCUAUCACCUGGUAAUGUUUCUACUAAUGGUGGAUGACUUGGACCCCCACCUUUUCUCCUGUAAUAUGGUGGAGGUGCUCUACUUCUCCUUCAGUGUGGUGCAAUGCCUGUCCCUUUUCCACUGCAUUGCCAAUCCCAUACUCUACAACUUCCUCAGCAAGAGUUUCCGCAACAACUUCAUCAACGCUGUGGUAAACUGUCUGCCUUUGCCAUCUGCCAGGGAGCCGGCCAACACAGCUGAUGGCAGUGGGACGACGCCAGGAAAAGAGCGCAAGCUUAGUGAUGCCAGCACCAGCCAAUCUGACAUAGGGUCGUAG